UGCCAUCCGUAAUCCAGCUGUAUAUGCAGCAUCGUGUUGUGUUAACUGAAAUCGUUUGAUGUGCUGGCAACACGUAAAACGAUCAAUCACUCUUUUUUCAACCUUAGCCGCUAUUGUGGCGGUACGGGAUAGUCCCAAUUCCGACCGCUAGGUGGCGAACGAUAGAAGACGCGUUAGGGAAGGAGAGACCGGCAGUUGGGCGCGAGACGUAGAGCAGAGCAGGCAGAAGAGCAUCGUCCUCCAACAUUUCAGUUUUGUUUCUUUUGUGUUUUACCUUACCGGAUUUGUGCCGUCAAGGUGUGGAAUACACUAAAUUUGCGAGUGAUCCAGCCAAACAGUGACUUUAUCUUUAAUUUCCCAGCCAUCCGGCGACAUUUGGUGUCAGAAGUGGGAUCGAGUGCUCGCUUCCCGUGGCUGCGACGGCGUGGUGACCCCUUGCUAAAACUGAUCAUUCGGCUUUAUCGGAAACAUCCAGCUUGCUGAGGCAGAUUUCAACAUCCAUCGACAUUCUCCGGAAGAAAAUCUUGUCGCUGAACGUGGCAUUUGGGUGUUUGGGAGCGAAUUUCAUCCCGAUUUGCUGGGUUUUGUGGCGGAUUCUUCCCAUUCUUGGCGCCAAACCAACAUGGCGGAUCGUCAUUUUAUUUCGUUCUUCGUCGAGUUCGCCUUCUGGAUAUCGUUUUCUUCAACUGAAAAGUGGAUUACAUCUUCUCGUGGAUUUCGUCAACUAUUGCUGCAUUCUGGAAUUGAAUUACCUGAUAUUCUUGCCUUGGAUUGAAAUUUGAAUCUCGUGGCCGUAACUGUACAGUCUACUUAAUUCUCCAUGCUCUACUCACUCUGAACUCUUGUUUUGUCAGUGCAUUGAUGCUCUAAGUUAGAGUGUUGCAGGCUUGCAGCAUCAUAGUUACAAAAACAACUUGGUGUUACGUACAACGUCAUACGUCAACAUCAAUUUAUUCAAGGUAAAUUUGAUAAUGAAAAGGGUUAAUACUGCUAGCAGCACAUCUCAGGCUCACAUAAGGAGAAUGCGUCGGGAGGCAUAUCAAAACGUGGAGGUUGCUAAUUUGUCUCAGUUUCAAGUUGAACGUGACAUCAACAGUAUUUGUGAACCAGUAUUUCAAGACUACACUAAAAGAAGUUUGGAAUUUUUAAAAAUCCAAUUUCGAGAAAUGACUGCAAAAAUCGACGAUCUUUUGGACUCGAGACCGAAACCGUGUAUUUGUACAAUACAAAGAAUCGAAGAAAAUGAACAGCAAUUCCUUUUGCAUUUGGAUUCGUUCGAUGCUAUUGAACAUCUUGAAAAUUCAAUGAAGGACCAACAAUCUCGACAACAAAUGAUCCUUUUGCUGCUCCGUAUCGGUGGAAUAAAUCUCCAGAAAACGGUUUAUGCAAUAAUGGAAAAGUUAUUCUCAUACGAAAUUGGAAGUAAGUUCACUUGGACGGGAAAAUCCUCAAAAGGAAUCGAGAAAGCUAAAUUUUCUGAUCUGAAGAAUAUCUAUGCUGCAAUCUCUGGUGCCGUCCUCGGUAACAAAGACCUUGCUGGUGAUGAGAAAACUACAGUUAAAGUGCAGUAUCAAGUAACCGAGUGGCUUCGUCACUGUCAGCAGAAUUUGAAAAGUCAAAUGUAGUUGAUGAAUAAAUAAAACAUUUGAAAAAUG